CCCUCUCUUGUUGCUGCAAAUCCAUUUGCCUCCCCCAAAGAACCCCACUUCUUUCUUCUCCAAGAGAACAAAAAUUUCUGAAACAAAGAGACGAGCAGAGAAAAUCAAGAAGCAGAAAUGGCAGUUCUUGGUCUAUCUACUGCCUUCUCUCCCCCAAGAGGUUCUUGGAUAGCCGUGAGGCUCAGGAAUGGCGGCACCGGGCGGAGCAGCGGCGGGCUGUCCCUGAGGAGGUGGUCCGCCGCCGCCGUGGCCGUCCGCGCGGAGGUGAGCUUCGUGGACGGCGACGAGGCGAAGCGGCUGGUGGCGGAGGAGGGGUACACGGUGCUGGACGUCCGGGACCGGCGGCAGUACGAGAGGGCGCACGUCAGGGCCUCCGCCCACGUCCCGCUCUACAUCGAGAACGAAGACAACGACAUUGGAACGAUCAUCAAGCGGCAGGCGCACAACAACUUCGCCGGCCUAUUCUACGGCCUGUCCUUCACCAAGCUCAACCGGGACUUCACCAAGACGGUGAGGAGCAAGUUCUCGCCGGAGAGCAAGCUGCUGGUUGUCUGCCAGGAAGGCCUCAGGUCCACAGCGGCUGCAGAUGCAUUGGAGCGAGAAGGCUUCCAGAACCUGGCCUGCAUCACCUCAGGCCUUCAGACACUGAAACCAGGAACGUUCGAGACCGUCGGCAAAGCCGAGCUGCAGAAUGCGGGGAAAGCUGGCCUUGUGACCAUCCAGGGGAAGAUCUCCAUAGUUCUUGGGACUGUCUUGAUAACCUUGUUGCUGCUCAUAACAGUGUUCCCGGACCAGGCUGAGCAGAUCUUCGAGUCGGCUGGCAUCAAAUUGUGAUCAGGAUCGCCGCUCUUCUAGUUACUCUCCUGAGUUCAUAUUUUUCACUGGCAGCUGCAGGUUAAGCGUAUCAGUAGGUGUACUUGGUGAGAUCUCUUCAGACUGGAAAGGGAUGUUAGGCUCCAUGUGUAAUAUUUAGGGACUUUCUGAAAAUUCUACUACUGUGUAUUUUUGGCUCGAGUAAUUUCUUUUUCUCAUAUACACCCUCUUCUGCGUCAAUUAUAGUUCGAUCCAUAAAUUUUGUGGCGUUUCAAGUAAAAAACAGAUUGUGUUCAA